AGUCCAUCUCUCCAUAUAGAGACGCUCCAAACCCCACGCCAUCUCCUCGCUUUCAGCUUCUUGGAUCCUUCACACAUUCCGUCGAGAGAAGAGAAAGAAAAGGGAGGAUGGAGAGUAAGAAUGGGGAGGGAGUGACGAACAAGCAGGUGAUAUUCAGGGACUUCGUCGCGAAGGGAGCCUUCCCUGUGGAGUCGGACAUGGUGGUGACUGAGUCGACCAUCGAGCUGGCGAGAGCCGUCGCCGAAGGCUCUGAGGGAGUGUUGGUGAAGAAUCUCUACCUCUCCUGCGAUCCUUACAUGAGGAAUCGCAUGCGGGAGCUCGCCGGCCCAUCUCAAAGCUAUAUCGAUUCCUUCCAACCUGGUUCGCCUGUGACCGGACUAGGAGUGGCGAGAGUUCUGGAAUCUGGGCAUCCAAACUUCAAGAAAGGCGAUCUGGUUUGGGGCCUCACCGGAUGGGAGGAGUACAGUCUACUUCCCGCUCUAGAGACUUGCUUCAAGAUCGAACACACCGAUGUUCCUCUCUCUUACUACACCGGCCUUUUGGGCAUGCCAGGCCUGACGGCUUAUGGGGGUUUUGUCAAGCUAUGCUCUCCUAAGAAAGGAGAGACUGUUUUCGUAUCGGCUGCAUCAGGAGCAGUUGGUCAGCUCGUUGGCCAGUUUGCAAAGCUGUUCGGUUGCUAUGUUGUUGGCAGCGCCGGCAGCAAAGAAAAGGUUGACUUGCUGAAGAACAAGCUUGGAUUCGACGAAGCUUUCAACUACAAGGAAGAAUCAGAUCUGGAUGCAGCACUGAAAAGGUACUUCCCUGAGGGGAUCGACAUCUACUUCGAGAAUGUCGGCGGAAAGACGUUGGAGGCGGUGCUCCUCAAUAUGAAGCUUCAUGGUCGGAUUGCGGCAUGUGGAAUGAUCUCGCAGUACAACCUCGAGCAGCUCGAAGGCGUGCGCAACCUGAUUCAAAUUAUAGCAAAGCGGGUUCGAAUGGAAGGUUUCAAUGCGCUUGAUUACUAUCAUCUCUAUCUAGAGUUCCUGGACAUGGUUUUGCCUCACAUCAGAGAGGGAAGGAUUGUGUAUGUGGAAGACACCGUCGAAGGGCUCGAGAACGGUCCGGCAGCUCUGACCGGGCUGUUUUCCGGCCGCAACGUCGGGAAACAGGUGGUCCUGGUUUCUCGCGAAUGAGUCACUUGUUGUACCUUUUCCAUUGGCACAUUCUCUUUGGCUUGUGUUUCCAAAAUGAUCUGUUUUCUUUCCCAAUGGCAUAGUCUCUUGUGAUAGAACUCUCGAGUUAUCCUUUUUU